UUCAGCCCCGACUUGUCCUUUUCUCUGCUCAGUGUGACCAUAGCUUGGGUCAGAGGAACAUGAAGUCCAACACAAUCCAACUGACAAGGAUGGACUAUGCCAUGAAGUCUCUCAGCCUUCUCUACCCCAAGUCACUGUCCAGGCAAGUGGCCGUGAGCACUGCAGUGGUAACCCAACGGCUGGUGUCGAAGCCCAGCCGGGAGGCCCCCAGGGCAAAGCCCUGCCGCGUUAGCACGGCAGAUCGGAAGGUUCGCAAAGGCAUCAUGGCCUACAGCCUUGAGGACCUCCUGAGCAAGGCCCAGGACAUCCUGAGGCUUAAAGACAAGCCCUUCUCCCUGGUGCUGGAGGAAGACGGCACGAUCGUGGAGACGGAAGAAUACUUCCAAGCCCUAGCGAGAGAUACUGUGUUCAUGGUCCUGCAGAAGGGGCAGAAGUGGAAGUCACUAUCAGAACAGUGCAAGAAGAGACCCCAGCUGUCCCUUUCCCAGAAGCCGGCUAAGAAGAUCGACGUGGCCCAGGUCACUUUUGACCUGUACAAGUUGAACCCUCAGGACUUCAUCGGCUGCUUGAACGUGAAGGCGACCCUCUAUGACACAUACUCACUUUCCUACGACCUGCACUGCUACAGGGCCAAGCGCAUAGUGAAGGAAAUGCUUCGCUGGGCCCUCUUCAGCAUGCAGGCCACAGGCCACAUGCUGCUUGGCACCUCCAGUUACAUGCAGCAGUUCCUGGAUGCCACUGAGGAAGAACAGCCUUCCAAGGCCAAGACCUCCUCCUCCCUCCUCCCCUCCUGUCUGAAGAUGCUGCAGUGAAGACCCACGUUCCCAGAGGCCUUCCCCAGCCAAGGAUGUGCCUGCACUCUGCUAGUAGCUCCCACAAGCCUGGCAGCUGAAGAGCUUCUCACCUGCCCGCACCUCGCUCACAGCACAGCACCAAGGAAACCACGGGAAGGGCUGGAGCCCUGGGGUGGCCUGGCAUGGCCCCUUCCCUUCUGUCUCAGGUAGCUUAGAGGACCUGUCUUGCCCUCUCUCCUCACGUGCUUGCCUAGGUGCCGCCCACUCUCUGGCAUUGCCUCCUGCCCUGCGCAUGCUCAUUGUGCAGGACACGUUGCUACGGCGGCGUCCGUUAUACCUUGGCCUCAGUCAAGACAACAAAAUGAACCGCAUGCCACAGUGACAGCGAGGUCUUUGGUUAUGGUGCCAGAGUGCUUCACACUCUGUAGUAGAAAAAAGGAAGGGAGAAUCGGGGUCCUCUUGCCUGGAGUUCCAACCGUUACUCCCGCCUACCCCCCCCCCAAGCUGUGUAUGAUCUUGGGGGAUGCUACAGGAUAUAAGAGGUGGCUGUCAUUGACGCAGAUUUUGGGGGUCCUUACUUGUGCUAGGGAGGGACUUCCGGGUAAUGCAGAUGAUUGUUGUCACCCAGGCCGCUCCUGUAAGUAACCCAGUAAGCUCACCGGUUCACCAAGCUGGACUUGGAGGGAAUCGUGGCGUUGCCUGUCACUGGUGCUCUUUCUGGGCUAAUGGGUGUAGUUCAUGUUCUCCGGGGAAAAGUCAGACAAUUCCCCCCCUUCCCCUCUUGUUCUCACUUUCCACUAAUGUACAGUAUUAGAAUCUGCAGUAAAUUAUUUAUGCUGAAA